GGUCAUCAUGGCGCUUGCUCUGCGACACGAUCUUCUCAUGCUCACUCGGGCGGACGUUCACACACUCCCUUGCAACUGGCUUGCUGCUGCGUCUCCAGGCGACUGACCAGGCUUGAGGACGACUAUCCCGACGUGUAGGCUGCGAAACGCAAGACACUAUCCUGCUACGCGAAGCGACUGUCCUACAGACACUAUGUCCGACUUCCCUGCCUUGCCGGGCUUCUACAAGCUCAUGUAUCUCUACAUCGAACCUGCGUCGACAAUCCUACCGUCUGUGCUUGCUUGGUUCUUCCCAGGCGCAGAGUGGUUCCACCACGGCCUCAUACCCUCAGCGGCACCCUCACCUCCUGCAGGGUUCCUAGAUGGACGAACAAGGAUGGCCAUUUGGCAGCUAGGGAACUGCUACCUCUUGCUUGGCCUGAUUUCUAGUUUUGUGUUUAGAGCAGUCCGAGACGCGCUGCCUGACAACCCGACCGCUCAGGAGCGUAUUUUGGGCGCGAGUUUCACUGCGUUGGCCCUUGCGGAUGUCACCCAUAUGAUCUGGUCUUGGGUUGGUCUGCCUGGCGACCUGAAGUACAAUCCGCUGGCUUGGAAUUCGAUGACGCAUGGGAACAUCUCGUUCGUGAUCGUACUCCUUGGGGAAGACUCGCUUGGUUUAUGGGAAUCGGGAGAAUUCGGUAUUACUACGGUCAGGGACCGAAGGGUAAAGCCGCAUGAUCAACGCGUUCAACUUUGUAGAACCAGACAUUCAAAAUGCGAGGCUUAAAUUGGACUCAAUGCCCCAAUAGUUCGUUGCCCGGAGAUUGGUUGUACAGUACAUAUAUUACUUCGUGAUGCGUGAUUGUUCUCCAGAUGACCAUGCACUAUCCAAAAGACGAGAUCGUCUGCGUCUCCUUAAGGCACUGCCUGUCGAGUAUGCUAUACCAUCUCAGCCUGCAGGUUUCGUCGAGGCGUGAACCUAGUACUAGUGUGUCGAGGUGGACCAUACAUCCUAUGCAUCAGCAUCAAGCUUUAAGUCAUGAGUCCUUUGCCAAAGACACAUUCGUACAUUGAGUAGCGUCAUAUGUUAUGUAGAACUUGCUGAC